UCGCGGGGCACCUUUUCCGCCUUUCUUAAAGAAGCUCGCCUGGAUCUUCCCCCACCAAACUGGAUUAAUUUCAAGGCGUUAAAGGCAGCCCGGUACACUUCUGUGUACGUUUUUUUUUUUUUUAACUUUUAAUUUGUAUUUAUUUUAUUUUUUUACGGGGGUCGGGGUGAUACAAACUUUUUUUUUUCCUCCCCCCCACCGGGGUCACCAUGUUGUGGAAAUUAGCAGACAACGUCAAGUAUGAGGAUGACUGCGAGGAGAGACACGACGGCAGCAGCAAUGGCAACCCGCGCCUGCCCCACCUGCCGGCGGUCAGCCAGCACCUCUACAGCCCGUCUCCCUCCCUCUCGCACUCGGCCACCUCCGACUUCCAGCCGCCCUACUUCCCGCCCCCUUACCAGCCCAUCUCCUACCCGCAGUCGGGCGACCCUUACGCCCACCUGGGCGACCCCUUCAACAUCAACUCCCUGCACCAGUCGCCGUCGUCGAACCAGCAGCAGCCGUGGCCGGGCCGCCAGGGCCAGGAAGGGCUGUCGGCCCACGCCAGGAGCGGCCUGGCCGGCCAGAUCCUCGGCCUGGAGGGCGGCGGGGGAGGCGGAGGAGGAGGCUCGUCAGCGGGACUGAGGAGGGAAAGCUUCCGCCGGCCCGAGCUGAUGCCCCCGCACGCCCACGGCAUCGAGGCGUCGGUGAUCGGCGAGAGCAUGCAGGGCAUGCACGAGAUGGGACACGGGAUGGAGGACGUGCAGCAUGUGGACGACCACGGUAUCAUCAUGGCCGAUCAGACAGUCAUCAAAAAAGGGCCCGUGACUCUCCCCAAAGGCAACGCGCUGGGCCUGCCCUUCCAGAAGGAGUCCCUGCUGGGCAUGGUGUCCAACCCCACCGAGGUAUUCUGCUCCGUCCCGGGUCGCCUCUCGCUGCUGAGCUCCACGUCCAAGUACAAGGUGACGGUGGCCGAGGUCCAGAGGCGCCUCUCGCCCCCCGAGUGCCUCAACGCGUCGCUGCUGGGAGGAGUUCUACGCAGAGCCAAGUCGAAAAACGGAGGCCGCUCGCUGCGAGAGAAACUGGACAAAAUCGGGCUCAACUUGCCCGCGGGAAGGAGGAAGGCGGCCAACGUGACACUGCUUACUUCGCUCGUGGAAGGUGAAGCCGUUCAUUUAGCGCGUGACUUCGGUUAUGUGUGCGAGACGGAGUUUCCUGCCAAGGCCAUCGCGGAGUACCUGGGCAGGCCGCACGUGGAACGCAACGAGGUGAACUCUCGAAAGAACAUGCUCCUCGCUGCCAAGCAAAUCUGCAAGGAGUUCACCGACCUGCUGACCCAGGACCGCUCGCCGCUGGGCAACUCGCGUCCGGCGCCCAUCCUGGAGCCGGGCAUCCAGGGCUGCCUGACCCACUUCAGCCUCAUCAGCCACGGCUUCGGCUCGCCGGCCAUUUGCGCCGCCAUGACCUCGCUGCAGAACUACCUGAACGAGGCCCUCAAACAAGUGGACAAGAUGUACCUGAGCGCCGACACGCAGGGAGCCUCCGACGGCGGCGGCAAAUCCUCCGACAAACCGGACAAGCACAGGAAAUGA